GGCACUUGCAAGCUGCAUGCAUCUUCGUUUUUUUCAAUGGCGCCGUCUGCUACGAGUGCCACCAACUUCCAGUUGCUGCUGAUGCUCCUGCUCCUCGCUACCGCGCGACGCGGCAACGCCGCCGCGGUGUUCGCCGGCCUGUCGUUCGAGAGCGAGGGCGAGGCGGAGGCCUUCGAGGACGCGCUGCUUCGGCAGGCGUGCUUCAACGUCUCCGUGGGCGGGCGCGAGGCCUGCGUGUCGCGCCUCGACACGGCGCGGGGCGGCGCCGGCAGCGGGCCCGUGCCGGUGCUGCGCGCCGCGCUCCGCGACACGCUCGGCGAGGCCGUGGGCGCCGCGGGGGCGGUCAGGGGGCUCGCCUCGCUGUCCAACCACGCGCGCGAGGAGAUGGCGGUGCGCGACUGCGUCGAGCUGCUGGGAUACUCCGUCGACGAGCUCGGCUGGGCGCUCGACGCCAUGGCCGAGGCCGGCGACGGCGGCGUCGAGCCGGACGCGCCCGGCUCCGCAGCGGCGGCGCGGCGCGCGGAGGACGACCUCCACGCGUGGCUCAGCGCGGCGCUGGGCAACCAGGACACCUGCGUCGAGGGCUUCCGCGGCACUGACGGCCGCCUGAUGCGCCGCGUCGAGGCGGCCGUGGCGCAGCUCACGCAGCUGGUCAGCAACCUCCUCUCCAUGCACAAGCGCCUGCGCAGCAUCACGCCGCUGCGCCACGCUCCGCCAGGAAGCAACGGCACAGGCGGCGCCGCCGCUGACCCCGGCUCGGAGCUGCCGCCGUGGGUGAUGGACGUCGAGGGCGAAGGCGGCAAGGACGAGGAACCCAAGCCCAUGCCCAAGAGCGCCCGCGCCGGCGGCAGCAAGCCGACGCGCGUAGACGUCGUGGUGGCGCAGGACGGCAGCGGGCGGUACCGGACCGUCAGCGAGGCGGUGGCGCGGGCGCCGAGCCACAGCAAGCGGAAGUACGUGAUCUACGUGAAGCGAGGCGUGUACCACGAGAACGUGGAGGUGAGGAAGAAGAAGACCAACAUCGUGCUUGUCGGCGAAGGCAUGGGCGAGACGGUGAUCUCCGGCAGCCGGAGCUUCUCCGGCGGCUGGACCACCUUCCGGAGCGCCACAUUCGCGGUGGCCGGCGCGGGGUUCGUCGCGCGGGACCUGACGAUCCGCAACACGGCGGGGCCGGCGGCGCACCAGGCGGUGGCGCUGCGCGUGGACUCUGACCGCUCCGCCUUCUUCCGCGUGGCCGUGGAGGGGUACCAGGACACGCUGUACGCGCACUCCCUCCGGCAGUUCUACCGCGACUGCCGCGUCGCCGGGACGGUGGACUUCGUCUUCGGCAACGGCAUCGCCGUGCUCCAGCGCACCCUCGUCGCCACGCUGCCGCUGGCGCCCGGGCAGACGGGCAGCGUCACCGCGCAGGGCCGGAGGGACCCGAACCAGAACACGGGCUUCGCCUUCCACGGCUGCGUGGUGGAGGCCGCGCACCCGACGUUCCUGGGCCGGCCGUGGAAGCCCUUCUCGCGGGUGGUGGUCAUGGAGUCCUACCUGGGCCCCGGCGUCCAGGCCCGCGGGUGGCUCGAGUGGGCCGCCACCGGCGCCGGGGAGCACGCCGUCGCGCUCGCCACGCUGUUCUACGGGGAAUACAGGAACUACGGGCCCGGGGCGGGCGUCGCUGGCCGGGUGAGGUGGCCCGGGUACCACGCGAUCGUCGACGCCGCCGUCGCCGGCAGGUUCACCGUCCGGCGGUUCAUCGACGGGCUCGCCUGGCUGCCCGGCACCGGCGUCACCUUCACGGCCGACCUGUUCAGGAAGUGACGACGACGACGGCCAGUGCGAAAGCAUGGGUUCAUUUUUUUUUUUUGGAAAAGCACACACAAUAAGGAUGGAUAUAUAGUAGUACCAAAAGGCAUAUUAAAUUUUUUACAUUUUACGUUGUAGUAUUGAUUAUUUUGGUGGAGUAAACUAGCUCUUUUUAUUUUCUCUAUAAAAUUGGCCGAGCAAAUGGGGCAGCCCCCCUCGCGUCCAGACAGCCAGCCGGACAGCUCAAAUCGCCAGGGCAGCCGGACCUGAUUCCUUUCCAGCUCCCACAAACAAAGUCCCCGGCUAAAACCCAACGGAGCGGCGCGCAACGGCACAAGCGCGUCUCGGCCUCGGGCGUUUCCUCCCAACUUCCAACACGACGCCUCGAUCCAGAUCCAGUCCAGGCAUUCCAUCCCCCUUCCCGAGUUGCAGUCUUCCCCCGAGAAUAUUCAUUCCACUCGCCCCGUAGGCGGCGGCCUCGUCCUCGGCUCCCUCGUCGACUCGUCGUCCUCGUCUCGCGCUUUGGAGCUGCUCUCUCCGUUCUCUGAAGCGCGGCAUGGCUAAGAUCAAGCCAAAGGCGUUGUUGGCACAAAGCAAAGUGAAGAAGGGCCCUAGCCAAAUCAGCGUGACCACCAUCUUCACCUACUUGGUCCUUGGUGUCGUAGUUGUGUCCUCCGUUUAUGCUGCAUACAAAUACUGGGUAGGCAAAGGACCAGCCGUGACAGCAGCCGGUGUCGAGGGGAAUUAAACCCCAACUAUGUAACUGAUUUUGUUGUUGUAUCAUCCGCUUGGAUACUUUUGGUUGUUGCAGCCCAGUAAAUGGAACAUGGAUAGAUUACAUCUUGCUACAGUUUUAUUGUAAUCCGAGGGUACAUUGUAUUGAUAUAUGUAUGCUAAAUUCCUUUCUCUUCGGUAUGAA